AUGUAUCUUUUGCACUUGAUAAUGGGACUGCACGAAUUCACUGCAAUAGAAGGUAUUCGUAUUUAUAUUGUUUGUGCAAAAGUGAGAGAAGGUGAUCAACGAAUAGUUCGCCUAGCUAAAAGAAGGGAUCUUAAAGGACGUCACAUUGUAAUUGUUGACGAUUUAGUGCAAUCUGGUGGCACUCUUAUCGAAUGCCAAAAAGUGUUGGCAAAACAUGGAUCUGCUAGAGUCAGUACUUACGUAACACAUGGAUUUUUCCCCAACAGGUCCUUCGAACGAUUUGAACCCAAUAAUGGAGUUACAUUUGUAUUUAUUCAAAGUUAUUUCUGGAUAACAGAUUCAUGUCCAGAGACAGUAAAGGAGGUGAAUAACAGGCCUCCAUUUGAAGUUCUUAGUCUUGCUGCAGCAUCUAUAGCUGCUACUCUCCAGAUUUGAUUUUACUAAUAAAAUAAUACAAUCCCGAUUACAGAUUGCCUGAGAGUUGUUUAUGAUUUGAUCCUCAAGUAUAUUGUUAGUGUUCUUAAAAUGUUUACUUAUGAGUGUAGCUAAUAAAAUGAUUACCCAAGCAGAAGAACCAUAUUUUGUAUUUGUACAAUAAACAACUUGUUUUCAUCCAAUUUUUGGUUUUA